AAACAGGAAGUGUGGGAGACCAAACGUUUGUUUACAGGAGUUCACCGACAACAUGUGUGGUCUUGUGUGGCGCCUUGCUGAAUUAAUCAGUGCUAUAUAGCUUUUUCAUAUCAUGAUCUGAAUAACUGAGCUGCUUGUAUUUAAAUGGACAGUGGCAGAGGAGGUAGAGGAGGCAGAGGAGGAAGAGGAGGGAGAGGAAGGAGAGGAAAUCGUGGUGGAGAGGACAGAGAUGUCCGCCUGUCUAAAUCAAUGUCUUAUGCUCUUCGCCAUGGAGCCAACCAGAUGGGUCUUCAGAUGGGUACAGAUGGCUUCAUCUUCGUGGAGGAACUUCUAGCUCACCCGCAGUUCCGCUCAUACUCACUGGAAGAUGUGGAAAGAGUCGUGGCCACAAAUGACAAGCAGCGCUUUAAGCUUCACCCCCACCCAGAGGACGGCCGCCUGCAGAUUCGAGCCAGUCAGGGCCAUUCAGUACAGGUCGUGGAUUUGGAGCUGAAACCAGUCCUGGCUGGUUCUCCAGACUGCCCUGCUGAGGCUGUUCACGGCUCCUACCUCCGCAACUGGAGCUCCAUCCAGCAGCAGGGCCUAAACCGCAUGAAGAGGACACACAUCCACCUGGCACCAGGCCUGCCAGGGGAGGAGGGCGUCAUCAGUGGUAUGAGGAAGGACUGUGAUCUAGCCGUGUUUAUUGACGUCCCCAAAGCUCUCGCUGAUGGUAUUGAGUUUUUCUGGUCAGACAACGGUGUGUUGCUGACUGCAGGCGACGCAGAGGGAAAGCUUCUCCCUAAAUACUUCAGCCGAGCCUUAAGACUGAGACCUACAAGGAGCAUCCUGCCGCUGCAGUAACAGCCGAGGAUACCGCUCUGUCAUUGGCCAUAGCAGGACUCACCUGACUGUGCCAGCAUCCCAUGGUUGGUUGAUGCUCAGCCUAGUUCCCUUGGUAACACUUGUUGUUUGGCAGGAGCAUCCGAGUGAGGCAAUUUUGCUCAGCAGUAGGAGAAUCCAUUUAGCAAUCAUCCUAAAUGGGACUGAAUUGGUGAAUUUUUCAUUUCGGUGCCAUUAUGAAAGGAUCAGGACGACUUCAGGGAAGCGUGGUUUAUUUUUAUACGACAGUUCAACCAAACUUUAUUUAUAAGUAAAGAGGUUUUGUUUUUCUAUUGCAUUGCAAGUGCUAAAUAAACUAUGGCUGUAGAAUAUUACGGAUACACUGACUGCUGGCAACAACCAGCCUGGCUGUAUUUUUAAAGACAUGUUGUAUGUGUGGUUAGUCACUUGACUAGAUAUGGGAAAGCAGAGGAUGCAGACACUGUGGUUUUAGUUAACGGAC